UUAGACUAUUUUAUUAAUCAAAGUAUUUGUUACAUUUUAAUUAUACCAGGUUUUGGUAUAAUUAGUACAACUAUUUCUGCUAAUUCUAAUAAAUCAGUAUUUGGGUAUAUAGGUAUGGUUUAUGCUAUGAUGUCUAUAGGUAUAUUAGGAUUUAUAGUUUGAAGUUGAGUAAUGAUGGCUUCACCCUAUAGCGAUAUAGGGAAUAAAAUUAAUUUCGCUAUAUGCUGGAACAGUUUAGUGCUAAUUAGUACCUUGUACGGUAAAAAUCUAAUUAGUUAUACUCAAUCAGCAGACAAUCUGUCCCUGUAUUCUUUAAAUGACAACAAACAGAGUGUCUCAGAGACUACACGCGAAACAUCUUUUAACUUUUCUAAGUUUCAUGUUUAUUAUAAUACAUUAUUUAAAAAUAAAGAUCCUAUUUCAAAUGAAUGAUUAACUUGAUUUGUAGGGUUCGCAGAAGGAGAUGGAGCUAUUCAAACUUAUGCUAAAGGUAAGAGAGUUCGUUUUGUUCUUACUCAAAAAGAAAGUAAUAUACUUUAUAAAAUACAAUUUAAAUUAAACAUCGGUGUUAUUAAACAUUUUCCUCAAGGAAAAAGCGGUAAAAAUAAUGAUUUUUUUAGAUGAAUAGUUGAUAAUCCUUCACAUAUUUUACUUUUAGCUUUUUUAUUUAAUGGAAAUUUAGCUCAAAACCAUAGAAUUGAACAAUUAACUAAAUGAGUUAAUUCUUUAAAUAAUCGUUUUGGUAAUGAAACGAUUAAGUUAAAUAAUAUUCCUGUUACAAUUACAUUACAGGAUGCUUGAUUAUCAGGGUUUACUGAUGCUGAAGGUUGUUUUAAUGUAUCUAUUACUACAAAUUGUAGAUAUACAUUAGGACAUGUUAUAAAAAUGCGUUAUAUAUUAGAUCAAAAAGAUAGUAUUAUACUAAAUAAAGUAUAUGAAUUAUUUGGAUUUGGUAAAGUAACACUAAGAUCUCGUACUGUAGAUGUUUAUCGUUAUACAGCUACUGGAUUUAAAGUAUUAAAUAAUGUAAUAACUUACUUUAAAUUGUUUCCAUUACAAACUAAAAAAGCUUUUUCUUUAAAAAAUUGAUUAAUUAUUCAUAAUCAAAUAUCUAAUAAAUUACAUUUGACUGAAGAAGGAUUAUCACAAAUUAGAAUUUUACAAAAAAGAAUUAAUUUAAAUAAUAGUAUAACAAAUAAAACAGGAAAAGCUUAA